AUGAUUAAAGAACUUGACGACAUAAAAUUUAUAGAUGAUUCUGCUCUAAAAGAAGAGUUUAAUUUCAUUAUCAUUAAUGACCAAAUUGAUAAAUUCAAAGAUUAUGUUACGCAACACGGUGUUACAGAAUUUACUUUUGGUGUUUAUAUAUUGGAGCAAGAGUCAAUCCUUGAUAGUUGUGCAUAUUUCGGAUCGGUGAAUAUUUUCAAUUUUCUUCAUUUGAAUUAUGAUUAUGAAAUUACAAAUCAAAGUCUUUACAAUGCUAUAAUUGGUGGUAAUACAGAUAUAAUCAAUGAGUGCUUAAAAUACAUUCAAGUUGAUAGUAAAUGCGUAAAUGUUGCUAUUGAAUCUUAUAACAAUACAUUUCUUCAAUAUAUUUUUGAUCAUGAUUUGAUUCAAAACUUUCAAAUAGAACCAGAACAAGUUAUAUUAUCACAAAAUUUAAAAGCAGUUUUUAUUCUUUAUGAAAAUGAUAAAAAUUCUAUUAUUCCUUGGUGUGCUGCUUUCCCACAAACAAUUGAACUUUUAAAAAACGGAAAUCUUGAUUUUUCAAAGAUUGAUUCUAAUAGUAUGUCGAUACUUCAUUAUGCCAGUAAAUAUGAUAAUUUUGAAAUAUGCAAAUUGUUUGUAGACACAUUAGAUAUUCAUCAUUGUAAUAUAAAUGCAAAAGAUCAAAAUUAUAUGAAUGCAAUUCAAUAUGCCGUGGAAAAUUACAAUAAAGAAAUAGUUGAACUUCUUCUUUCUCAUAAUGCUGAUGCUAAUUCAAAAAACAAAAAUGAUGUAACAAUUCUACACAUGGCUAUUAAAAAAGAAAAUGCUGAAAUGGUUAGGCUUCUUAUUUCAUAUGGCGCAGAUGUCAAUGCAAUAGAUAUAGAAGGAAACACUCCCCUUAUUUAUGCUGUGAAAAGUGGAAAAAAAUCUUUAUCAAAAUUAAUUCGUCUUCAUGCAGAUUUAAAUUCUGAAGAGAAUGAAAGAAAUAAUAUUAUCAAAAUUCUUAUAGCUGCUCAUGCAAAUCUUAACUAUCAGGAUGUAAAAGGGCGUACUGCCCUGCAUUAUUCAGCUAGGAAUAUAAUUCAAUUUAUUGAUAGCGCACUUGUUACUGCAGGUGCUGAUUUAAACUGUCAAGAUGGAAAGGGACGAACUGCUCUUCAUUAUGCAGCAAAACAUAAUAAUACUAAAAUUGCAAAAUUUCUUAUUUCUAAUAAAGCAGAUAUCAACAUAAAAGACAAAGAUGGAAACACCCCUCUCCUUAUUUCCACAGAAAAAAAUAAUGAUAAUAUGUCAAAGCUAUUAAUUUUAAAUAAUGCGAAUUUGAAUGAAGCCAACAAUAAUGGAGAAGUUCCUCUUCAUAAUGCCGCUAACAAAAAUAGUAAAGAAAUAGUAGAGUUACUUAUUUCUCAUGGGGCGGAUAUUCAUAUUCAAGAUGUUUAUGGUCGAACUCCUCUUAACAUCGCAGCUUCAUGUAGCAGCAGGGAAAUACCAGAAAUACUAAUUUUGAAAGGCGCAGAAGUCAAUAUUCAAAAUAAAUUCGGAAAAACACCUCUUCAAACAGCAACUAUUUGCAAGAAUAAAGACAUUGUGGAUUUGCUUAUUUCUCAUAGUGCAAAUAUAAAUUUGCAAGAUAACGAUGGCAUAUCUCCUCUUUACAUAGCAGCAGAGAAUAAUUGCGAAGAAAUAGCUGCUUUUCUCAUUUCUCAUGGCGCAUUUGUUGAUAUACCGGAUAAAAAUGGAAAAACUCCUCUUUUAAAAGCAGCCGAAAACAAUUGCAAAGAAGUUGUUGAUUUGCUACUUUCUCAUGGUGCAAAACCUAAUCUGGCUGAUAACUGUGGUAUAACUCCUCUUUCAUUUGCAGUCGAAAGAGGUUUCAAAAGUAUAAUUGAUUCAAUAGUAUCAAAUUGUGCGGAUAUUAAUUAUUAUACAUACUAA